UUGUUACCAUUUGACUUUUACUAUUCACAUAAAACUUCGAUAUGGAUAAGCUUACUCAUUAUUACUAUAUUUAGGUUCUAAAGAGUCUCGUCUUGCUGAUCGAGAGACAAGAGUGCGAAAGAGGAGCAGCCAAAAGGAGAAAGGAUAAAGAACUUGUUGAUGAGGAUAGAGAGUCUUGCACAGUUGAAUCAAGUGAUCAUUGUGGUGAUGAUUUCCUUAAUGAUAAAGUUGAAGGUGACACAGCGGUUUCCUUGAUGAUGGUACGUGCCUCUUCCAAGGAAAAAGAUCAAGUAGAUGAAGUGGCUGCCAAAAUUUCUACUUCCCAGUCUUCUUAUCAUUCUAAGAAGAAAAGUUCAUCUUCUCCUAAAAGUAAAGGACUUGUUGGCGAGGACAAAGAGUCUUGCACAAUUGAAUCAAAUGAUCAUUGUGGUGAUGAUGAUGAAGUUGAAGCUGACACAGUUGUUUCUGAGGAGAAAAAAGUUGAUUUUCUUGGCUUUUCCAUUCUUUCUAAACAUGCGAAGUACUUGAAAAUUAUUUACCAGAAAGAAGGUGAUUUUUGGGAGACUCUUGCAUCUUUCAGAGUUCAGAAAUAAUUUCUUUUAUGUUGGAUGCAUUAGGAAGAGCUUUGGUGAUAGCUGAUGGUCUAGCAUUUCUUCGGAAAAGCAACAUUCAUGGAUGAUGCCAUGAAAGCUGGAUUUAGGCUUUGUAUCGAUUUCUGCACAUCUAAAGCUACAAAUUUUCUUUUUAUGGAAGCAAACAAAACCCAAUUGAAAACAGAGAUGAAAGAAGUUACCCAGAAGAUUGCCUCUUUGCAAAAAGAGUUGGAGUUGAAGAAGGUUGGUGAAACAGAGUUAAAGAAGCAGUUUGAAGCUAUUUCAGAAUUCAGCAGGAUCGGUAGGCAUCCAGUUCUGAAAACGUUUAUAAAGGGAAGGCGUAGGAGGUGGGCUUUGGUACGGGCCUAAGAGGCCUCAGCUGUUGGUGGUAGCUGAGCUUGGAACUGAACAAUCCACGGAGCCAGAUAGUUGGAGAGAGAGUGCGAAAGGAAAAGAUAUUUUUUUUAAUGAGCGUAAAAAAUAAAAAUCAACCCCAAAACAUAUGAGCAAAAUUAAUAUUAUCUUUUUAAAAGAGAAAAAGAUGAUAAAACCCAAAACCCUACUGGCUUAUUCUAAAAUCUCUGGCAGUCUCUCAGCUGAGCUCUCAACCCAACCUUCACUAUUUAUUGCUUCUUCUUCUUCAAUUCAUCUCUAUCUCUCUCUCUAUCGCAUUUCCUGCACACUAACAGUAUGUUUACCUCGGCUCCAGUUUUCUGCUUUUUGGAAUUUGAAUUGAGUUAGGGGAAUCAGUUUGAAGGCUAGGAGACGGUAGACUAAAAUGAAGAGGAAGUCGCAAUUUCAACUUAUAGAACUUGAGUACAUCUAUAAAGAUAAUAAAUAUCCUACGCAGAAGGAGAUAGAAGGUUAUGCUGCUUCUUUAGGACUAACUCUGAAACAGGUUCAGCAAUGGUUUGCCUCUAAGAGGAAAAGGGAUAAAGGAACUAUAUUACCUAUCCAUUCUAUGAGAAGCCUCUCUGCUUCUACAAAAAGGAAUGCUGCUGCCAUUUCUGUUGCUAGAAAGAAUCAGAAAAGCACCUCUUCAGUCGGAGCAAAUGGGUUUGGCAGGAAAAAGAAGAAGAUGCUUCUUCCUCAGGAUUUUUUCUCACCACAGUACAUUCUAAGCAAGGUAUUCCGCAAGGAUGGUCCUCCACUCGGUGUGGAAUUUGACUCUCUUCCUUCCCAAACUUUCCACUGCAAAGGUUCUAAAGAGUCUCACCCUGCUGAUGAAGAGUGCCAAAGAGCAGCAGCCAAAAAGAGAAAGGUUUUUGAGCUUACCAGCAUAGACCAUCAGAACAAUAGUAAUGAGAGUGCUUCAGUGAAGAAACACGGUAUGGGAAAAGGUUUGAUGACAGUUUGGAGGGUUGUGAACCCUGAGGGUGGAGAUAUUCCGACUGGCAUUGAUAUUUCUAAUCGACAAAUUGUUGCUCCUUCUCAAACUAGUCCUGUUGUGCGAAGGCAACCGCCUCAGAACAAAAGACGGCAGCCAUUAGUAUCUCAAAUGAAACAGAGAAGUUUGGAAAAGAAGUUACAGGAAAAGAAAAGGGCCUCCAUUAAAAGGAGAGAGGUGCAAUCUAACAAAAAUGACAAUCAGAGGCAGCCACGCAAUGAAAAAUGUGAACUUGCUUUGGAUGGAACUAUUUCUAAUGAACGUCUUGAUCAACUUGCAAUGUUAGUUGAUGAUGAAGAAUUGGAGUUGAGGGAGUUACAAGCUGGACCAAAUCCAUUAACAUGUGCGGAUCAUCUUGGUUCAAGCGGAUUGCUUGGUUGUUCCCUUUGCAAAGAUUUGCUGGCUAAGUUUCCACCAGAUUCAGUUAAGAUGAAGCAACCAUUCAGUAUGCAACCCUGGGAUUCCUCUCCAGAAACUGUCAAAAAACUGUUUAAGGUUUUCCAUUUCUUGUAUACGUAUUCGGUAACACUUGACACAUGCUCAUUUACACUUGAUGAGUUUGCUCAAGCAUUCCAUGAUAAGGAUUCCUUGUUACUUGGGAAAAUUCAUGUGGCCCUUCUCAAGCUUCUUUUGUCUGAUGUUGAAGUGGAGUUGAGUGGUGCAGUUUUGCCUCAUUUUAGCUUGUCUUGCAAGUUCCUUGCUCUACUUCACUCGGUGGAGAACCAAGAAUUUGUGGUCGAGGUCUGGAAGACAUCCUUGAACCCUCUGACAUGGACAGAAAUACUGCGCCAAGUUUUAGUUGCAGCUGGCUUUGGUUCGAAACAAGGUCUAUUACGCAGGGAAGCCCUUAAUAAGGAAAUGAGCCUCAUGGUGAGAUUUGGCCUGCGCCCCGGCAGUUUAAAGAGCGAGCUGUUUAAAAUUUUGUCAGAAAGAGGAAAUAAUGGGCUAAAAGUUUCAGACUUGGCGCUGUCUUUGCCGGUUACUGAAUUGAAUCUCACUAGCACGACUGAGGAACUCGAAGAAUUAAUAUGUUCAACUCUUUCAAGUGAUAUUACUUUAUUUGAAAAGAUAUCACCAUCUGCAUAUCGUCUGCGCUGUAGUUCUGUUGCAAAGGACAGCAACAAUUGUCAUUCUGAUACUGAGGAUUCUGGAAGUGUUGAUGAUGACUCUGAUGACAGCAGUGAUGAUUCUGACCAUGACCCAGGAAAUUACUACCAAAGGAAAUUCAAACAUAAUAACCACCAUAAAGGUAGAAAUAACAUGCUGACUGUCCACACUGAAAUUGAUGAAAGCCAUCCAGGAGAGGUGUGGUUGCUAGGACUUAUGGAAGGUGAAUAUUCUGAUUUGAGCAUUGAAGAGAAGUUGAAUGCAUUAGUGGCUUUGAUUGAUCUUCUUAGCGAUGGUUCCAGUAUCAGAAUGGAGAAUCCUGGUAAAGCCAUUGUUGAGUAUGUUCCCAGCAUCCCUUACUAUGGUUCUGGAGCCAAAAUUAAGAGGUCAUCAUCAAACCGACAGAAUUUUCCUAGGCCAUCUUGGGUCUAUGGUGGACAAAGGAAUGGUGUACAAGUAUCACACACAUCAUCAGACUCUCGCCCAGUUGAUUCAUCAGCAAUUACAAAGUCUUUUGAAAAAGAGAGAUGUUCUAGCAGUGGACAGGAUGCAAAACAAACUGAAGUAGGAGUGUAUAUACACCCAAUGCAAUCUAUCUUUCUAGGCUCUGAUCGCAGGUACAACAGAUAUUGGCUUUUCUUGGGCCCUUGUAAUGCAUAUGACCCUGGACAUAGGAGGAUUUACUUUGAAUCUUCGGAAGAUGGUCAUUGGGAAGUUAUAGACACCGAAGAGGCAUUGCGGGCCUUAUUGGCAGUUUUGGAUGACAGGGGUAAACGUGAAGCUCUUCUUAUUGAAUCAUUAGAGAAGCGGGGAACUUCACUAUGUCAAGAAAUGUCAAGUAGACAUUUACAUGAUGCAGAAAUCAGGCACACGCCGUCUUAUUCACCUGAAAUGGAUGCAGUCAGAGAAGAUAGCUGUUCUCCAGUUUCUGAUGUUGACAACCUCAGCUUGACGGUGGCCAUGAAUGAAUCUUUAACCUCAUGCGGUGCUAUAGUUCUUCAUGCUGGAAAGAAGGGAGAAGAACAAAAUCGAAUGUGGAGAAGUCUUCAAGAAUUUGAUGUGUGGAUAUGGGAUUGCUUUUACUUGAACCUUAAUGCUGUAAAGCACAACAAGCGUUCUUAUCUUGAUUCUCUUACCAGAUGUGAAAGUUGUCAUGAUUUGUACUGGAGAGAUGAGAAGCACUGUAGGAUUUGCCAUAAGACAUUUGAGAUUGAUUUUGAUCUAGAAGAAAGAUAUGCCAUCCAUGUGGCUACGUGCAGAGAGAAAGGAGACAAUAAUACAUUUCCUAAAUUCAAAGUCCUCCCAUCACAGUUGCAAUCAUUGAAAGCUGCAGUUCAUGCAAUUGAGUCAUUUAUGCCUAAAGAUGCUUUAGUUGGUGCUUGGACAAAGUCUGCUCACAGGUUGUGGGUCAAACGGUUACGACGGACAUCGUCUUUGUCUGAGCUUUUGCAGGUUAUUGCUGAUUUUGUUGCAGCAAUUAAUGAGAAUUGGUUGAACCAAUGCCAUAUUGAGCAAGGGGGUUGUACUGUUAUCGAAGAAAUCAUAGCAUUCUUUCCAACUAUGCCCCAAACAUCAUCUGCACUUGCACUCUGGUUGGUGAAGUUGGAUGAGUUUAUUGCAUCAUAUUUGAAGAAGAUUCAUUCUGAAAAGGAACUGGAAAAUGGGAGCAGAUCAGAUAUAAGAGCAGCAAAAGAAUAAAAACCCAGCUAUUUUCAGGGCUUAUACAAAUGGGGAGCACAUAUGAUUAUACAAAGCAUUUGACUUUCUUAUUUUCUCUUUGCUCUUCUAAUUACUUAACCAGCCCGACUAUUCAUCAUUGGGAGCUUUCUUUGGUGCGUUAGGAGUUUUUUUUCAAAGGACGAGAGCAGAAUAGCGCAUGAGACUGUACAGAACCAAGUUUUGACAAGAUUUUGAAUGUUCCUUAACCAGGCAAUCUGAACCUAUUUAGAUGUUGUACAGAGUUAGCUUCAUACAUAUGCAGGAAAAUCAAGUUUUUUAUACAAUGGAUACCCAAGUUAGUGGAAUAUGAUUACCAUUUUCUACCUUUCUUAAUUGUAGAAAAUGGAAUGUUGCAUAUCCUUGUCUUAAGUGUUGACAGUAAACUUGUCAUUUUUAGUUUUGCAAUUAAGGAAUAAAAUGAGAUCAGCAUAUGUGGCUGAAGUUGACGUGUUAA